GAAGAGAGAGAGAGAGAGAGAGGGGCGCUUAGGUGAGAUUGGGUUCGACAUUCGAAUGAUUCCUGCUCAGGUUCCCAAAGAUCCGGUUCCCUGGAUCUACACUGCGUACCCAAACACGAACAUGUAUUCCGGACCAGAAGUCAGUUUUCCAUAUCUGUAUUGCAAGCCGUUUGCAAAAAUGGGGGAUGACAAACCUUUUGUGUGCAACGCUCCUGGCUGUGGGCAGAGGUUUACCAACGAGGACCACCUCGCCGUCCACAAGCAUAAGCACGAGAUGACUCUGAAGUUCGGACCUGCCCGGACAGACUCUGUCAUCAUCGCAGACCAGACGCCAACUCCCACUCGUUUCCUGAAGAACUGUGAAGAAGUGGGCCUGUUCAACGAUCUAACCAUGCCCUUCGAGCAGGAAUUCCGUAAAGCCCAGGAAGAUGAUGACAAGAGAGCCAAGAACCCUCUGCCUGCCCCUGGCUCUUCAGUUCUGGACAUGAGUCUGCAGACGCCCUCAGAUGUAGUUCGAGUGAAGGAAGAGGAGCCUGUUGAGGUGGACUCCUCCCCACCUACUAGUCCAGACUCCAUCUCUAGCAAUUCAGAUAGCAGCAAGGAGCCCACAGCCAGGGGAAUGGAAUCUCCAUCUAAACCAGCAUUAAGCUCUGCACCUAUGCCCACUAUCGUCCGUCCUGGCUCUCUUCCCCUGCACCUCAGUUACGACUCCCUGCAUACCACCAUGCCUUCACCCACGUCAGUCAUCACACAGGCCCCGCCCUCCAACCGCACCCUUGGGUCUCCAACUGGUCCAUAUCCAAUGAUGAUGCUCCACAAUGGCCAACCAGUUCCUGUGCUCCCAGGCCCAAUGCAAAUGUCUUCUGUAAUAUCCCUGGCUCGGCCCAUGUGUAUGGUGCCCAACAUUCCAGGAAUCCCAGGUCCUCCACUCGGUGGAAGCAGCAGUGGCUCCUCGUCUCCAUCUGGUUACAACCCCCAUAUCGAGGCAAAGAUGCGGCUGAAGGCGGCGUUGUCUCAGCAGACCACUGCGGCCUGUGUCAGUGUGGCGAUGGGCUCCAAUGCCAUGGUGCCACAGAAGAUGGAGCAGAGCCAACUGCUGGUGCAGCAGCCUGAUGCCCCAUCUCCAGCACAGCCCCAGGUUUCUCCAGCUCAGCCGACAGGCGGGCGGCGGCGGCGCACAGUGGACGACGACCCAGACGAGCGGAGACAGCGUUUCCUGGAGCGCAAUCGAGCAGCCGCAUCCCGCUGCAGGCAGAAACGCAAAAUUUGGGUGAACUCUCUGGAGAAGAAGGCAGAGGAGUUGACCUCCAUGAAUGUCUCCCUCACUAAUGAGGUGUCUCUGUUACGAAACGAAGUGGCUCAUCUGAAGCAGCUGUUGUUGGCCCAUAAGGACUGUCCCGUCACCACCUUACAGAAGAAGGCUGCCUACCUAGGAGAAGAAUCCAUGAAGGAGAUGUGUGAGGCCACGGGUUCUCCAGCUCCGGUGAUCCAGCACAGCUCUGUGGCUCUGAGUCCCUCAGGAUCGUCAGGGCCGAACGGUGUGAGCUCGCGGGCGGCCGCCGAGGCCGUAGCCAUGUCCGUGCUGGCCGGCAUGGGCACCCAGCGGGGAGAGAGCGGGCCCUCGCACGUCAUCAUGACAACACAGGCCCAGCCCUCGGCCAGAUGAUGAGCCCAGCACGAGGAGAGGAGAGGACUGGAGCAAGGGAUGAGGCCAGAUCCUCCCUAUCCUCUUUUUCUCCUCUAUCUGGCUCACUUUCACACUGUCAUGCUGUUCUGGCCCGGAGCUGGCCCAGAGAAUUUGGGGAAAAAAAACUUUGGAGAACGAAAGAGCUUCCUGUUCAUUAUGCCAUAGACUACGGGGGCUGGACUCCGAUCCUCAUCCUUACUCUCAUCCAAAAUCCUUACUAAGCCCACUUACUUUUGCGCCAUCAUCCCUGCCCUCUUCAUACUCGUCACCUUCCAUCUUCACUCUCAUUCUUCAGCUAAACUGUAGAACAGAACAGUGCUUCCUGAACGACUGACAAUGAUGACUGUAAUCUGAUGCAUAGGUAUUAUGCACACGUGUCUCUCAUUUACAUACACAGUGCAGUGUGAAUGGCUGAUCAGUGGCAGUAAGUGAAAAGGAAGUGCUGCCGCAGAGCGUGUGCGCGCGCACGUGUGAUGGGGUGGACGAUAUGGCAAAAAUAUCACAUCACAAUACUUCAUUUUACGAUAAGUGACGUGUACCAAGGCAUUAAGUGUAGUUGAGUACCAAAAAAAAAUGAUAAAGCCUUUUUAUGUAAAAUGAUGGGAUUAGGUUUUUUUUAUCCCACAUUUCAAACAGAUCAGAAUGAGGAAAAGAGGAAAAAUGAUACAAAAAGAGGUUUUAACAUCCAAUCAGAUGGAUGAUUCAAAGAGUAACUACAGUAUGUAUGUAGUUAUAAAAGCACUGACAACUUACGGGUCUGUGGAGAAGGCGUUCAUUCAUAUUUCAUUUAAAAAGAUCUAUCUUCGGCCUCCUUUAUGGUCGACUACUUGUUAAAUAAAAUAAUAUAUAUAUAUUUUUUUAGUUCAUUCAAUUUCACCCCAAAAUGAAUCGAGCAACACAAGCUUUUUUUAGUAAUAUUUCUAAUUGUAAAGCCAAAACCUUUUUCAUUUUGAAACGGAGAAGGAAUGAAUGCAGCACACACGGGUCCUAAAGCCGGUUACUCACUGAAGAGUAUUGUGAUGUUUUAAUAUCGUGACGACGAUAUUGAUAUUAUACGACCGUAUCGAUCAGCCCUAGCAUGUGUUGUGGUGUCGUACACGCUCACACUUACUGCCGUUCACGUUUUUCUCACAUGAACCACAACUCUGCAAUAUUUUUUUUUUUUUUUUUUUUUUUUAAUGAAAGAAAAAAAAAUCCAAUGUGUGUAUCUUAAAUCUUGUCCCUCACAUUUUGGCUCGGUUUUAAUUUUAAGGAGACCAAGAGAACACCUCACCAAGAUCUGACCUCAUUUCUACCCCUUUAUAAUAUGUUUCAUAUGCAAAGAGUUUAUAAUCAGUGAGACUAUAGUAUGCUUGUGCGUGUGUGUGAGCGAGUCUGUGUGUCUCUCUGUAUGUGUACAGGAAUAUACAUCAGAGUAUAAAAUUUAUAAUUCAUGGGACUGAUACACUAAUGUUGGCAAGCUUUAUUUUUAUGCUGUUUGCUAUAUUUUUGGCACAUCCUCCUAAACACGUCGCUCGAUCGUGUCGUUCGGUUUUCCUCGUAGCCUCGUGCCCCCGUCUUCAUGACGUAAACAGGCUCAUGGUUACAUUUCAAUGUUAAUUGAAAUCUCCUUGUUGGGAUUCCUUUGUUGCGUCAGAGUUCGACGAUGGUUCCAGCUUGUCUGGUGCGUUUUUGUUUUCUCUUGUAAAGUUCUCAGCUUUUAGCUCUACUGAUUGUACAGGCUGUGUUAGAGCUGAGAUUCACAAAAGUCAGGCUUUUAAUUGUUUUAUAUGGAACGUGGCCUUGUUUAAAAAACAAAACCGAAUCGUCGUCUCUUGGGGUAAUUCUGAAUUAAUAAAUACGUAUUAUCUCUAGAGGGCAUGUGCUGAUGAUCAGAUAAAUAUCACAAUACUGAACAAAAUAUGGACAUCAUUAAUACCUCUACACUCCAUCUGAAAAGACUCCCUAUGGAGGCUCAGCAUUCAUUAUAUGCACAACCCUGUAAUUCUUUAAUAGUGACUCAGCAACUAUUAGCAGCAGCGCUACAUUUUUUUUUAACUGUGUGUUGGUAUGGAAUUAACCACAAAAUGUGAAAACUCCUGACGACUCUCAUCCUAAAACUGAAAGAUUACAGACAGGAAUAAAUAAAAUGUUAGCAUAAACAGGCAUUUGUUUUUAUUUAUUAACCCAAAAAGUAUCGAGUCGAGUUCAAAAGUUUGUACACCCUUAGGCCAAAGUAUAUGCCAUUGGCAUUUGCUAUGAUGGAUUUGUUUUAAUAAUCGGCACAUGCCUGCUAUACCCACUCAUUAACGCACUCCUGCUCAUGAAAUGCAUUAAAUGCACACAUCCUGUAUUGUUGCUCGAACAAAAUAUUCUGCCUUAACACUUUGCAGUGCCUCUAACACCCAGGUCAGGUUUUACGGUUUUCUGGUUGCCCACAGAAGUCUCUGUGCCAAAUAUAGGAAUCAACCAGAACAUUUAACAAAAAAAAAAAAAUCUAAUAAAAAGCUUUAUAUUUUGUAUUGCAACGAAUGUAACUACACAUAUGCCUUUGUAUAUCUUGAAACCGCAGGGAGAACAUGAACAGCUUGUGCUGUGUUUGUGUACUGUGCUCUUUACUGCCAUCUGGACCUGAUUCGAUGUUACUGCGUCACAUUACUUUACUAAGAGGUGGAAGGAAACUGGACUGUUUUCAAACUUCCCUUUAAUAUUAUGGCAAAAUGGGUUAAAGCUGUAGUUUGGUAGAAAUUAAAACGUUUUAAUUAUUCUGAACGCAGCCGAGAUGUGCUUAGUGUCUAAAUUGUCGUUAUGGAAAUCUGUCUCACCUCAAAUCCUUUCCUGAGUUACGCGACAGAAAAGCGUUCGCCCAGUCGUCUGUAGGACACAAGUACGAACCCUGAACUCUCAGGGGAGGAGGGAUCACAAAGUGUCUGUCAAUCACAGCCACGCUAGCCACUUUUGGGACGCAUGUGGACUCCUGUAUCUGAAAGAUGGUGGAAAGCACGUUCCUCUGAGUGUGCUUGGAGGCAUUUAGGAAAAGGGGGAAAAUGGGCUUUUGAUUUUCCAGGAUCACUGCCAUUAGCACCAUGUGAUGCUUUCAUUCAUUUUUUAUAGACCACGAUAGGUCACACUGAAAUCUGUCAUGUUUAAAAAUAAAACUGGAUGCAUUUUGAUUCAUGGGUAGCAUUUAAAAUGAGACCAGAAGCAAACACCUUGGCUGACCGAGUUCAUUUGGGAGAAAUGUGAAUUUAGCAUAAAGUUGAUUUAUUCUUUUUUUUUUUUUCCUCCUUUCUUUCACCCAACUAUUUCUUUAAACUGAACGGAAAAUGUUUUGGCAGUACGUGUGAGACUUGAAUUUCCCUUCAUCGUGUAUUUUACAUGGAGCGUAAUUAGCAGAGAAUGUAACGGCACGUCGAAAUGCACUAAAAUAUGAUCGAGGUUUAUAGACUUUUGUAUUUUAUAACCUUUGCUGCUGAGUAUGUCCUUCCUACAGCGUGUCCAUUGUCAACAUGGGUUAGCAAGUGUUGUCAUUCAUGUGCGUGGAAGGUUCAAGGAUUUCGCAGCAGCCAUAGAACGCUUAUCUUACAGUACGAUUACGCUCCGAUAACGCUGGACUGAGCGAUGUGGCGUUCAUGCUGUUCUCAGUCUUCGUGUUCUCAUAUGGGAUAGAGGAGGGCAGGGAAAACUUUCAGCUUUCAUAUUAAAUAAUGAUUGCCGGCACUUUUUUUUUUUUUUUUUUUUAAACUGUUCUUUAUUUUGUGCAGCGAGGACUGUGAUAAUAAAUACUUCUCUAAGACCCUUUCCCCUUUUUUUGUAAUACUGAAAUGUAGAACAUUUUAGGCCUACGUAUUUUUCGUCAUGAGCGUCUCAUCUUACUAUGUAAUCAUAUUCUUUGCAGAUUUUUUUUACCCCAGUUUUUAAAGAAUAGUAAGAAUGCCUUAAGACAGAUGUAGCCUUUUAUAUACCGUGUCAUUUUUUAUUUCACCUCCAACUCAUUUUUGACAAGAGAAUUUUGGCCCUGGACUUUUUUUUUUUUUUUUACACCCUAUAUUUUCAAUGUUAAUACACUGUUAAUUUAUUAAGGAAUUAAUACAGAAUAAUACAAGGAUAAAAACAUAAUCCCUCAGAUCUGUAUUUAAUAGUAAUGGUUAACAAGGUAUGUAGGUAGAAAGGCAACUAUUGAAAGACGUUCUUUCGGUUUCUAAUUGUAAAGACACACUCCCGGUUGGACUGAUGUUAAUUCUAGACUUUAUCUUCUUUACUGUACAUAUGUGUACUAUAUAUAAAUGUAUUUACUUUUUCAUGCAUGUCGAAGUGAAAUACGAUGCACACUUGCAGUGCUGCAGUUUUGAUUAAAGAAAAAGCAAUUAAACACCA